GGGAAGGAUGGACAUCAAGCACAUUAUCUACGUCACUCUAUACAACAUAACUUCAGUGACAGGCUGCCUUAAAUUUGACUGUUUAAGCGAACUGGGUUUCAAUUGUCAUGUGAAGUGGAGCCAAAGAUCCAUCUCUGAGUUCAUUGCUUACUGUAAAUCAGAUCCAGUAUGUCUUACGUAUCAGACAGCUCAAGUCUCAACAAAGCCCUGCGGCAGCAGUACCUCAAUCUGCCCCAGGGACACUUCUGUCAGGUCACUUAUGUCUGGAUCGAUGGCUCUGGAGAGGGUCUGCGAAACAAGACUCGAACCAUGGAUUCAGAGCCAAAGAGCAUUGCUGACCUACCAGAAUGGAAUUUUGAUGGUUCCAGCACAGGUCAGUCUACAGGACACAACAGUGACAUGCUACUGAUUCCGGUCUGCAUGUUUAAGGACCCCUUCCUCUUGGACCCGAACAAACUGGUGCUGUGUGAGGUGCUGAAGCACACCCGAGAACCUGCAGAAUCGAACCACCGUAACCACUGUAACAAGGUCAUGGAAAAGGUCAAAGACCUUCACCCCUGGUUCGGCAUGGAGCAGGAAUAUACUCUCCUAGGAAUGGAUGGACACCCUUAUGGCUGGCCCAGACUGGGAUACCCCAAACCACAAGGUCCGUAUUACUGCAGUGUCGGUGCCGACCGAGCUUUUGGCAGAGACAUCGUGGAGUGUCAUUAUAAAGCCUGUCUGUAUGCUGGCAUUAAAAUCAGUGGCACUAACGCAGAAGUCAUGCCCUCUCAGUGGGAGUUCCAGGUGGGUCCGUGUGAAGGAAUUGAGAUGGGAGAUCAGCUGUGGAUGGCACGGUUCCUGCUCCACAGGGUGUGUGAAGACUUUGGAGUCGUGGCCACCCUGGAUCCAAAACCCAUGACAGGAAACUGGAACGGAACUGGUUGCCACAUUAAUGUGAGCACAGUGCAGAUGAGAGAACAAGGAGGAAUUGAGCACAUUGAGAAAGCCAUCGAGAAACUGAGGAAGCGUCAUGCAGAGCAUAUUCAGGCCUACGACCCACACGGUGGAGAAGAUAACAAACGUCGCCUCACGGGUUGCCACGAGACCUCCAGCAUCAAUGAUUUCUCAGCAGGCGUCGCUAACCGUGGGGCCAGCAUCCGUAUCCCGCGCCAGGUGGGUCAGGAUAAAUGUGGUUACUUUGAGGACCGUCGUCCGGCCGCCAACUGUGACCCAUAUGCCGUGACCUGCAUAAUGGCCGUCACAUCCAUGCUGGAAGAGGAGAAAAAUACCCAUGAACUUAAAUAACACACUUUUGGUAACUAAUAAUUGUAUAGAAUAUUAUAUAGAGGGCACUUUAACCUGUUAUAUUUGUUAAUUUUGUUUGUAAAUCAUAAUCUAUACAUAUUAAACUCUUCUUAAAGGAUUGUUUUAUGACACAUGAUUUGCAGACAAGUUUGAUAUGUCAUAUUGAAUGAUCAUAUACAUACAUACACUCACUGGCCACUUUAUUAGGUACACCUUGCUACAACCGCUACUACCCCUUUUGCCUUCAGAACUGCCUUAAUUCUUCGUGGUAUAGAUUCAAAAAGAGAUUUUGGUCCAUAUUGACAUGAUAGCAUCACACAGUUGCUACAGAUUUGUCGGCUGCACAUCCAUGAUGUGAAUCUCCCGUUCCACCACAUCCCAAAGGUGCUCUAUUGGAUUGAGAUCUGGUGACUGUGGAGGCCGUUUGAGUACAGUGAACUCAUUGUCAUGUUCAAGAGACCAGUCUGAGAUGAUUUGAGCUUUGUGACAUGGUGCAUUAUCCUGCUGGAAGUAGCCAUCAGAAGAUGGGUACACUGUGGUCAUAAAGGGAUGGACAUGGUCAGCAACAAUACUCAUGUAGGCUGUGGCAUUUAAACAAUGCUCAGUUGGUUGGUACUAAGAUCUAGAUGCCUAAAUGCAUUGAGUUGCUGCCAUGUGAUUGUUUGAUUAGCAGUUUGUGUUACCAAACAAUUGAACAGGUGUACCUAAUAAAGUGGCCAGUGAGUGUGUAUAUAUACACAGUGUAUAUGAUGUGAAUGAUAAUCAUAGUUCAACCAUGAUUCAAACUGAGGACACCUUCACAUGCAGUAUUUACAGAUAAACACAUUUUGUUUGGAUUUAAAACAGUGGAGUCUUUUAAUAUUUGAUUAGGUGUUUUUGCAGUAUUAAUAUAUACAUUUGCAAACAUAUACUGUACAUAUAUGUACCCUGAGGAGCCAAAACAUUAUGACCAGUCACAGCUGAAGCGAAUCUCCUAACAAGGCCACAUAUUAAGAUUAGGGUAGAUUAUAUGGUAAACAUACAACCUGUUCUUGAAAUCAACAUGUUGGAUGCAGAGGAAAUGGGCAAGAAUAAAGAUCUGAGUGACUUUGACAAGGGCCAAAUUGUUAUGGGAUCAGCAUUUGUAUCCCCUAUCGGGUGGCUGAAAACAAAUAUGGUUACUUUGAGGACCGCCGUCCUGCCGCCAACUGUGACCCAUAUGUCAUGACCUGCACAAUGGCCUGCACAUGCAUGCUUGAGGAGGAGGAAGAAUUGAAAUAAUGCAAUUCUGCAAACAAAUGUGGUUGUUGAGAAGAAUAUAAGAAUGAAUACUAAUUUAUUAUGACAUACUUAUCAUAUUUGUUUAAAUGUAAGAAAAUUGCAUCAUAAACCAAUGUGUAUGAUUUUAAUAUCACAACA